AUGAACCGUGCCACCCUUACCGCCGCCAUCUUCCUGGGGCUAGUCUCCACUGUUGCUUCACAAGCACAAGGCACAGCAACAGUCGACUUAUCCAAAGAAAUUGGAAAACCUCAAGCCCUCGGCUCAGGCUUCAUCUACGGCUGGCCAGACAAUGGGACCCAUGCCGAUAACUCAAUCCCAGAUGAUCUGGUAACUGCCAUCAAGUUCAAUUCCAACCGUGGAGGCGGUGCACAGAUCCCGUCGCUCGGUUGGGCCACAGGAGGCUACGAAGGAUACCUCGGUCGGUUCAACUCGACCUUAUCCAAUUAUCUCACCACCCGCAAGUACGAUGCUGAUUUCAUACUGCUGCCUCAUGAUCUCUGGGGCGCAGAUGGUGGGCAGGGUUCUGAGUCGCCUUAUCCUGGUGAUAAUGGCAAUUGGACUGAGAUGGAGUUGUUCUGGGGUCAGGUUAUAUCUGACUUGAAGGCGAAUGAUAUGCUUGAAGGACUGGUCAUCGAUGUGUGGAAUGAGCCUGAUAUCGAUAUCUUUUGGGCUCGCUCGUGGUCUCAGUUUCUUGAGUAUUACAAUCGAGCGACACAGCUCUUGAGGAAAGCUCUUCCGGAUACUCUUCUUAGUGGUCCAGCCAAUGCCCAUUCUCCAAGUCUGACAGACGAGAAAUGGCAGGCCUGGCUGGAGUCCGUAGCCGGCAACGAGACAAUCCCCGACCGCUUCUCGUGGCAUCAAAUCGGAACAGGAUCCCGCGAACCCGACACCACUAUCCCAGAUUUCACUACCCUACGAGAGCGCUACGAAGUCCCUGAAAAGCCAAUCGAUAUCAACGAGUAUGCUGCGCUAGAUGAGCAGAACCCAGCCAACUCAGUCUUCUACCUCGCUCAAUUGGAAAGACAUAAUUUGAGAGGUCUGCGUGCCAAUUGGGGUAGCAAAGCUGACCUGCACGAUUGGAUGGCCAAUCUGAUUUACAGAGAUUCGAGUGGAUACUAUCCCAAUGGCGAAUGGCAGGUCUAUAAGUACUACGCUGCUAUGACAGGUGAAAGAGUCGCGACGAAAGCUUCGGAGGAUAGGAAGUUUGAUGUUUUUGCGACAAAGGGUGCUCAAACCAUUAAGAUCCUAGCCGGCACCAGGACUAUCAAGGCACCUUACAACAUCAUUGUUACUGGAUUGGAUGCAGCAAAACUUCCAAAGGAGGGAGAAGUCAAGGUCCAGACCUACCGAUUUGACUGGGCUGGGCCGGAAGGAAAGGUUGGCGACCCUAUUGAUGUCGGGGUGAAGACUUAUUCGUCUUCUUCGAACGCGUUGACGAUUUCAGUUGACCCACCUACCAAUUCCACUGCUUUUGCUUAUGAAAUCUCGUUGUGA